AUUACCCCAUAAACAUUUUUCCUUUGUAGUCUCAGUACACAAACUCUGGAUCCAUAUCAUUUCGUGGACUAAUUAAUAAUUUAUCAACAAAAUUUAUACAGUCAGUGACUGAAACAGAACUUUUACUCGUUCGAACUUUUGCUGUGUGCCACUGCCAUGAUGAUGAUGACGCUUGAUGAGAGAGAAAAAGCAAGGGUUUUACCCUCAUCCUCUUCCGUCAUUAGCAAUGCCAUCUGAGAAGAGAAAAGGCGGCAGGGUUUUAGCCUUCUAAGCCAUUUCUCUCCUCUCAGUUCAGCUCGAGCUCACUCCCUCUGUGCAUAAUCAUCGUUUACAGAAGAAUUCUACACCAUUUCCUGUUUUCUUCUCUGGAGACGUUAAACCAUCUUAAUUGGGGGGCUUUGUUCGACGACGAUGAUGCCACUACAGAACCCUGUUUCUCUCGCCCGCAAAACCCCGCUCUUGUUUCGUUUGGGUGGAAUUCCUCUUCCUCGCCUUUCAGUUCCUAAGCUCCCUCGAGCUUGCGCUAACCAAGUUCGGCUAUCUGGGCUCGCGGCAUGUGCUUCUUCCGCUUCCUUGAACUCUUCUCGCUCGCCCCUGUUUAAGGUUUUGGGGUCUUCUGGAGCUGGAAUUAGCCAGCUGGGCUCUUCUCGAUUUCGAGUUUUGGCGGUUUCUGGUGGCGGGAGUGGAGGAGGAGGAUAUGGCGAUGGAAACUCUGGCGGCGGCGGUGGUGAAGGCGCCAAUGAUGGCGGCUCUUCUCCUGGUGGAAAUAACUGGUCUUUGCUUUCAUGGUAUUUGAGUCUUCUGGCCAAGUAUCCUGUUCUUACCAAAGCUGUUACAUCCGGAAUUCUAAAUUUUCUUGGAGAUUUAAUCUGUCAGCUUGUGAUUGAUAAAGUUCCAUCUCCAGACUUCAAGAGGACUUUCCUAUUUGCCUUUCUGGGGCUGGUACUAGUUGGUCCCACUUUGCAUUUCUGGUAUUUGUAUCUGAGUAAGUUGGUAACUAUUCCAGGAGCAGGAGGUGCAUUCACACGUCUCAUACUCGACCAGUUCCUUUUCUCUCCGGUGUUCAUCGGUGUCUUCUUAGCAGCAUUGACUGUGCUUGAAGGAAAACCUGCUCAAGUUAUGCCAAGACUGCAACAGGAAUGGUUCUCUUCUAUCAUAGCAAAUUGGCAACUGUGGAUCCCCUUUCAGUUUCUCAACUUCAGAUUCGUGCCGCAGCAGUUUCAGGUUCUUGCUGCAAACGUGAUUGCUCUGGCUUGGAAUGUGAUACUCUCGUUCAAAGCGCACCGCGUGAUUUUGGAGAAUUGACGGCCGAUUGUGUUGUAGCAUGAGCUAGGCUCCAGGUAUUGUACAUUUGUUGCUGUGUAAUGCUAGAAGGUGCAGAGAGAAAAAGAACUUUGAGACGGUUGUUGAGACCUUGAGAGCAAUGCAUUAUGUAAGAAAGACUAUUCUAGGUGAAGCCAGUUUGCUCCUUUCGAUGAAGAUUCCUGCGGGGGGCAGUUUCUCAUACCAGUACAUGAAUUGACAACAUCUGGAAACUUACGCAUAGUUGUUGAGGAAAAUGAAUUGUGUAAAAAAAAAAGAAUUGUGCAAGACUAUUCAGGGAGAAGCCAGUUUACUCCUUUCAAUCCAAGGCUUGUAAGAACCAGAAAAAUCAUAUUAACAGUCAUUGCUUGCGAAAAGAAAAAACCAUUCAAGAAUCACCAAUGACCAACGUUAACCAGUACAAACCCAGAAGAAAACAAUUAGCUGCAGAUCGAACAGCCACAUUAUCUUGCUCAAACAAUUCACAAAGCUUACUUUAUGUAGUAUCCACAGAAAAACAAGAAAUACAAUCGUUUCUUCUUGCCACACCUACAAGCCCUAGAGAUCCAUCAUUGAGCGGUUUGGCUGGCUGUUUUCCACAAAAUACAGGACGACACCAACCUCAGCAAAGCCACAUACUCCUGACCUGCAAAGGAUUCGACAAAAACAGAAUCCAUGCACUCAUACUUCCACUGACCCUCAAUCAUUGAGAGCAUUUGAUUCACAUCGCCUUCUGAGGCUCUUUUCAUUACUAUUUGAACUCCCACUAACAGAUGAUAAAAGGAAAGGAGAAAAAGAACUAAAGCAUCUUUCUUGCCGCCUUCUCCUUGAAUACAUAAGUGGACAAGGAGGAAAGCGCACCCACCACCACAAGUGUAGCCAUAUUCUUCAUACACUCAGAUUUCUUGAUCCUGCUAAUAAUAUGAACCAAGGAAAGAGGAAAGAAAGAACAAAAGGAACCACAGAGACGAAACAUGAAAGAAAGGAGAGGAAAUGACUAGAGUAGUAAAACUAAAAGCUAUGGUUACUAAAUCUGUUCUAAAAAUUUCCAUCUUCCAUGACCACUUCUAUAGCCUCUCGUUUCAAUUAUUACAAAGACGGACUCAGAAAUACAGUCUUAGCCACCCCAGCUAAGCAUAUUUCAGCUAUCCAUGAGAAGGAGAGCAUCCAAAAGUCCUAAAAAGAGAAGAAACUUCCUUCGGGAGCCCGGAAACUCCCUGUCCAACGAAGAGCCAUGAUUCCAAUAUGAAGACAGAAACUUUCUACUGAUCUAUUUCCAGUUCCACCACUACUGUACAGUUUCACCCCUUGUGGUAUCCUCGAUCCCAUAUCCCUGAUAAUCGCCAUUUCCCCACUGAUCACCACCAUAUACACAUUGAACGAUUAAUCAUAAUAUAGGUCAGCCGAUGUCAGAACACAGUUUCCACAACGUCAAACAUUAAGACCGUUAAUCAAGACCAGAACCCCAGUAGCAGCUGCAGCUACACCCCACUUCUCCUGUCAGGACAUAAUAACCCACAGGAACAUUCUCGCAAGGAACUGAUCUGGAUUUAACUUCUGACUGAUUCAGAACUUAUGAUGCUGCUAGAACCCGAGUGUGUACUCAGUCCAGUCAUGGAAUUCCGCUGCUGUCCAAAAUGUCUCAAUAGCUCCAUCUGGCGUUCAUUAGUAUGAGGGAGGCAAGCACGCAGAAGCUCAACUGGCAUUUCCCUCUUAGUCGCUCCACGUACAUCUUCAUCAAUAUCCUCUGUACCAGUUGGCGUUUUCGCAUAGACUGACUGCAGGAUAGUCUCAUACUUCGCCAAACAAUACUUAGUCAGCAGAUCAAAGAACUCAUCAAAGGACGCCUGCCAGAGAGCAAAGUUGGGUACCACCGGCCGUGCAGCCGGAGGAUCAGUUAACAGUUUAGUUGCCCUCUCUAGAAUAGACUUCAAAACAACUGAGGCUCCAUCACCAGCUGGACUGCUAAGAGGGCGAAAUGGCGGCUGUUCUGAUGAGCAAACAACUGCAACAAGGCAUGCACUGAGUGCAUGAAGAUCCAUGCCACUGAUGCAAACACACACAGUCUUUGUCAGGUUCACGCUCGUCUUGGCUGCUGCUGGGUCGGAGGGCACAGAACCAAACAAAAAUCUGAGGUGCCGGAACACCGCCAUGCACACAAUACGUACAAGGUUGCUGCCGGGGAUUAGAAGCUGAAGGAACUUUGUUAUGAGUUUCCUACCCUUGGGCAAAGCUACCAGACGCAAGAACACGAGAUCAUCCUUUGAUGCAGAGCCUGCUGAAGUAUUAUUCCCAGGACUCUGACCGAGAGGAUCUACCAGUUGCAGCGCAGUCGCCAAACCCUCAAGGAGAAUCUGCCGCCGGCGCCUCACCUGAGCGCCACCAUCCGCCGGCUGAUUAAACAGAAGGUACCGAUCAAUAUCAUCAACAUCGAUAAGCAAGGCCAACCCAUCUUCGAUUGUGACUCUAGCUGCAAGCAUGGGUUCCUUCUCAAGAGGCC